AUGCCGGACUGGUUAUUCACAUCUCCUACAAAGCUGGAUUCUAUUUAUCCACCUAUGCAAUGCUUUCUUUGUGGAGAGUUUGUUUCGGCCCCUACUUCAUCAAGGAUGUGCUCCACUUGCCUUACCAAAAGCGUAGAUUUGAGCGAAAACGUAUCCACUCACUGUACUAUACUUCAAUGCACAACUUGUACAAGAUUUUAUCACGAUAGAUGGUUAAACUGCGAAUUGGAAAGUAAAGAGUUGUUAUCAAUUUGCCUUAAAAAGAUAAAAGGGAUUGAUUUGAUGAAAAUCGUAGAUGCACACUUCAAAUGGACUGAACCGCAUAGUAAAAAACUUAAAGUUAACGUCACAGUUCAAAAGGAAGUUGAAAAUAAUUGCGUAGUGGAGCAGUCACUUUCAAUAGAUUUUACUAUAGCCUCAGCACAAUGCGCUAGCUGUAAACAAAUGUACACUCCCCAUACUUGGAAAGCUUUGGUCCAGAUAAGGCAAAAAACUAAGGAUAAGAAACAUAUACUUUUGUUGGAGCAGAUUAUCCUUAAGCAUAACGCACACGAGAAUGUUUUAAAUAUAUUAUCAAGGAGGAACGGAUUUGAUCUCCAUUUCUCAUCAAGAAACGAUGCCCAAAAAUUCGCAGAUUUUGUGUCAGAUAAAAUCGUUUCACAGAUUAAAAACAGCAAGAAACUAGUGACUCAAGAUGUCAACAAUAACAAAUAUAACUAUAAAUACACAUUACAUGUCUCACUGGUGCCAAUUUGCACAGAUGACCUUGUGUUUCUAUCACCCAAGGUUUCGUCAAUAUAUGGUGGAAUCUCACCUUUUCUACUCUGCAUAAACUUGACUUCCACGAUUUCACUUAUGGACCCUUUCACACUGAGGAAACUGGAAGUCUCAAGCGAUAAAUAUUGGAGGAAUCCAUUCGUGUCAUGUAAGAAGUGGAGAUUUAAUUUAUUUUUAGUGUUCAACAAGUUUAACCUGUGUGAAUUCAUUGUAUUGAAUAUCGAAAAAGACUACACAAGGAAAUCAAAAGACCAACAAUACGAACUUGUAGAUGUCGAGAUUAUGCCAUCGAAUUCAUCAAAAAUUAUAUACACCAAGUCUCAUCUAGGGAAGAUAUUGACAGUUGGAGGUACCUAUUUGGGCUAUGAUAUUAAGAGAAUAAACAUGAAUGGACUUUCAGAACAGGAAACUGACAUCAGUAAUCGCAUUCCAUUCGAUGUAAUUCUCGUUAGAAAGGCAAAAAAAUAUUCAUCAAAACAUAAUUGGGUCCUAAAGAGAAUGUUUAGGAGGAAAAAUAAUCAGAAAGAUAAAGAUAACGAUAUGGAAGAAGAUAUAGACGAAGAUGAACUUUUGGACUUUAAGGAAGAAAUUGUAAAUAGAAAAGAGUUUCAAAAGGAUAUUGAUUUCUAUCGCAAUCCAAGAGCAAAACCGCACAAGGAAUUUGAUAUUACACCUUCCUCAGAUAUGUCAGAUGAGUUCGCAAUGAACAACUUAUCGGUUCAACUGAAAGAUCUUUCAAUUCAUGAUGAUGAAUAUUUUUAA